AUGACGACGGGCGGGGAGGACCGCUUGUCCGAGCUCUCCGACGACCUUCUCCGGCGCAUCCUCUACUUCGUCCCCUCCAAGGAGGCUGCUUCCACCAGCGUGCUCUCGCGGCGGUGGGGCUCGCUGUGGCGGUCGUCUGGCGCCGUCAACCUCGCCGUGCAAGUCCACGGUUACCAAGAUUUAAGGUAUGGCGACUCCUACCAAGAGGCCGAGGAGGCCUUCUUCUCGAAGCAAGAGGCCUUCGUCCACGGCGCCAAGGCUGCGCUCGACGCCGCCGAGGCCCCCAUCACAAGGCUCACCUUGCGUGUCGAGUCCAACGACGACGACGGCAGGAGCACCAUCGACCAGUUCCUCUGCCGCGGCAGGGACUGGCAAGACCACGCUCGUGCACCACCAUGA